ACCGGGAUGCCGGUGUCGCCGUCGUCACGUCAUCAGCGCCUGCCUGCAUCGCAGUCGCAGCUACGGCUACGCAAGGACAAAGCUCCCCUUCCCCUUCCUUCCUUCCUUCUCCGGCCGGCAACCAAACGUCCGACGCAAUCCACAACCCAGAGGCCUCUUCAGAUCGAGUCAUCGCGGCGCUGCGGCUCGGGGAUCUUGUCCGCUCCUACUGCCACUUCAUUCCCCGGCGCGUCGUCGUCAGUCGUCAGGACUCAGGAUCCCCAAAGAUGUCUUCUUCAAAUGGUGAGGCUGAGCAACAAUGGAUAGAGAGUGUUAAGUUAGGAGGAGCAGUUCCCUGUCUAACACCUGAAAACUGUCCUAAUGGCUGGGCUACUCCUUCUGGUGAUUCAUUUAUGGUCAGAGGCCCUGAAUAUCUUACAAACAAGGUAAAAAUACCAGGUGGAGAAUAUCUUCUGAAGCCUCUUGGAUUUGAUUGGAUCAAAGGACCAGCAAAAAUCUGUGAGAUCCUGAAAGACAAUAAUCAUCGAGUUAGAAAAGCUAUUGAUGAGGAGGUUUCACGUGGUAACCAGCCUUUUGUCUGGGCAUUCAACUUGCAACUGCCCAAGGAUAACUACAGUGCAAUAUUCUACUUUGUAUCGCUGGAGGCUAUACCUGAAGGCUCACUUAUGGACCAAUUCUUGAAAGGAGAUGAUGCUUUCCGAAACUCCAGGCUCAAGUUAAUAGCAAACAUUGUUAAGGGGCCCUGGAUUGUUCGCACUGCUGUGGGUGAACAAGCCAUUUGUAUAUUGGGGAGAGCCCUCUCGUGCAAGUAUACUCAAGGAUCAAACUUCAUUGAAGUUGAUGUGGAUAUCGGGUCUUCUAUAGUUGCAAAUGCAAUUGUUCAUUUGGCAUUUGGCUAUAUCACAACGCUAACUGUAGAUUUGGCCUUUCUCAUUGAGAGUCAAAAUGAAUCAGAGCUCCCUGAGAGACUUCUUGGAGCUGUAAGGUUUUCUGAGUUAAAUCCAGGAUCAGCUGGUUUGUUUGAAAAGCGAUCUGAAGAGCAUCAGGAAAGCACUCAGUCUCGGCCUGUAGGAUUUUGGCAGGGUUUCUCUCAACUGUUAAACAACCAAGGCAAUCCGAGGGAGCCAUCCCCUACUUUGCAGAAUACUAAUGGAAGUUUGCACAAAGAAGAAGCAAAUGAGAAUUCUAAAUGAUAUUCUUCAGACCCCUACUAGAAGAGAUCAAAACCAUGUCUUCAUUGUUUCGGGGCCAAUUUAUCAGUUAAUCACUGCAUCACAAUUCUUCAGUAGGAUGAUCAGUACCAGAUAGUGGGGCUUGUUUCUUUGUCCUCACAUCUGCUGUAAAAACUAUAUACAUUUACCACAGACAAACUGCAUAACUGUGUACAUAAACGGAAUACCUAAUGUUUAUAUAGUCGCUUAUGUAUCGACUGUAUGAAGCUCAAGGAAAGAAUGAUUCAUUCUGACAGAA